AUGGGAAAGGAAGUAGAAAGACAAGCAUGGAGUAACAAGGUAGAAUUCUUCCUGUCUUGUGUUGGAUAUGCUGUGGGUUUGGGAAACGUGUGGAGGUUUCCUUAUAAAUGUUACAGGAACGGAGGAGGUGCAUUCCUAAUUCCAUAUAUUCUUAUGUUGGCAUUGGUUGGGCUACCAUGCUUCUUCCUAGAACUAGCAUUUGGACAGUUUGCAUCAUUAGGACCAUUUACCAUCUGGAGAGCUAGUCCUCUAUUCAAAGGAGUUGGUUUUGCCUCCAUUGCGUUAUCUACCCUUGUGAGCAUCUAUUACAACGUGAUAAUAGCCUAUGCCUUAUUCUACAUGCUUGUGACGUUUGUCAGUUUUGAUGGCGAUGUUCCCUGGGCUACUUGCAACAAUCCGUGGAACACUCAAUUUUGCAUUACAGAAUCGACCAGAAUAACAGACGAUAUGAAUGAAACACAGAAACUAAAUAUAACUUUAGGUCGUAUGAAUACCACAUGUGUGGAUAACAUUUUAAAUAUGGGUGGCAUGAAUUUUACUGACCUGUCCUACAACUUUACACAGACAAAUCUAUCAACAUGCAGCUAUGUAGGACGAUAUAAACUUCCCAGUGACGAGUAUUUCAGUCGGUAUGUUUUGAGACUACAUGAAGCCACUGAUUUUGGUGACGUAGGGGGCAUCAGUCUGAAGUUGGCAUUGACCUUGCUUCUAGCAUGGAUUUUUGUCUUCUUUGCUUUAAAGAAUGGAGUGAAAUCGUCCGGAAAGAUCAUCUAUUUUACGGCUCUUUUCCCUUACGUUGUGUUGGUAAUUUUGCUAAUAAGAGGACUUACAUUAGAUGGGUACAUGGAAGGGAUAAAAUUCUACGUCAUACCAAAGUGGGAGAAACUGGCAACACCUCAGGUAUGGGUAGAUGCUGCAUCACAAAUUUUCUAUUCGCUUGGACCAGCAUUUGGAAGUUUACUAACCAUGGCAAGUUAUAACCAAUUUAAGAACAACUGUUACAGGGACGCCAUACUGGUUGCCGUCAUCAAUUGUGCAACCAGUGUAUUUGCGGGUUUUGUAAUUUUUGCUGUGCUCGGAUUCAUGGCGCACGUGACUAAUCAAGAAGUCGGCGAUGUUGCAACUGGAGGUCCUGGGCUUGUAUUUAUCGCCUAUCCAGAGGGUAUUGCCAGGAUGCCUUAUCCACCGAUCUGGGCAUUUUUGUUCUUUUUUAUGUUGCUUUCAUUGGGAAUGUCAAGUCAGUUUGCAAUGGUAGAAGCCAUCAUUAGCGCUUUAGCUGACGAAUUCCCAAGUACCCUCAGGAGAAAUAAAGCAAAACUGUGUGCUGCAGUUUGUCUUGUACUUUUCUUGUGCGGCCUGCCUUUAGUGACAAAUGGUGGUAUUUGGGUGUUAACAUUAAUGGAUGACUACUCCGGGAGUUAUUCUUUGUUGUUUGUGUGUAUGGUAGAAUUAAUCGCUAUAGCAUGGGUAUACGGUCAUAAUAGAUUUUUAGAAGAUGUUUACAUGAUGUUGGGAUUCAAGGUGAAUUAUUACUGGGUUGCGAUGUGGAAGUUUGUUGCUCCUGUUAUAAUUGUGUUAAUAUUGAUUGCAUCUGGUAUACAGUUUUCACCAUCAGGAUAUGGAAACUAUGUAUUUCCAAACUGGGUUCAGGGUGUUGGAUGGGGUCUUGUGUCAAUACCGAUUGUUCUGCUACUUGGAACCAUGCUUAUUCAGCUUAUUAGAUUUGGUGGUUUUCGAAAUGCCUCCAGACCACAGAAAGACUGGGGCCCUGCUUUACCAGAAAACAGAACGGGCCGAUAUGCAGAUUAUUUGGAAGUUGUUCAUGAAACGAAAAAGGAGGACAUACAGAAAAACGGAGUCAUUGAAAUGGACAAAAACGAACCACAUAUUGUAGAACAAAUAAAGAAAAGACGAGAAAUUGCUCAUUAUAAUAAAGGAUACGAAAUGGACGAAAAGCCAAAGGCCGAACAAAAUGGACACACCGUGCAAUCUGAAGAUGACAAAUUGUGAUUUUGUUGUAAAUGUAAAGACGAUAUGUUAACUUAAAGUAUACUCUGUACAUUUGAACUAUUGACAGAUGUCAAUUUCACGAAUGUUUAGUGGAAAAAGCAUAUAUAAGAAAAUAAGAGGUUUCUGUAAAACUCAUAAUAAACUGUUGCAAUCUACUAAACAUUCGAUGAACCAGACAAAAAAGCACAAGAAUGAUUAAAUAAAAAAUCAUGUCUAGAUACUAACCUUAUGUAUAACUUACUCCAUUUGAUCAAUAGUGUCGAUCUACGAUAACCGAACUUACAAAAUUUUGAAACAUCAAACGGAAAUAAUAGCAUAACAAUUAAAAUAUUGGACAUCUGGAAAUGAUUUGUAUAUAAGUACAUUUGUAUGUUUAAUCAAGGAGUCUUUUAGUUUCAAAUGUGAAAGUUUUUGGAAGGCUUUAAUCAUUAAAUUAAUGUCCAGUGCGACCCAUUUUCAGUCCAAAUGGAACUUUAAGCUUUUAACACCGUAAUUUGAUAUCCUUAUUCAUAGUAAUACUGUUUCCGAAAUUCGCCGAAGAAUUUUGAAGUUUUCCGAAGUUAUGUUAUAAGGUAUGAGUUUGGAUUCACACCGUGGGCAUUGUUUAGUGGUAUUACAUACAUUAUAUUUUAAAUAAACUCAUCAUAGAUACCAGGAAUAAAUUUCAAUACCACUUUUUGUCUGUUUUCAACACACCAUCCCUAUUUUAAGCCAUUAAAAGGACAGCAGGUAUUAUCAAUGCAAUAAUUUAAACCUUUUUGUCUUUGUCGGUGCUCCAAUUAGGGGUUUAACCAUGCCAAUGCACGGGUACAUUAUUUUGACCAUGAUCAUGAUGAUUUGAUUAUAACUGUUGUCUUGGUUGCUCAGUCUUUAGUAUGUGUUCGCCUUCCUAUUAUUAUUAUUAUUUUUAUAUUCAUAAUUGAAUGUCUUUUUCUUAUCAUGCUUAUUUUGGCGUCAUCUUUAAGAUUAAUGGAUUCUGAUUACCCGAAUGUGUUAAGUACAAUACAUUUCAGAUCAAUUUCUAUGUAAAAUAUGCAUUGCACAUUGAGUUAAUUCGCAUUUCAACGUACGGGACGACCUGGGACAAGCCAAUUACCUGACUAUUAGGUCUGAGAACACAGUUAUCGUCCUUUUAUUUUCGUUGUCUACAAAUAUAGUCCCUAGUGUGGAAAGUGUGUUACUUGCAAUUUUUUUUAUACCCUUUCCAAAUUUAUUUCUUCAUGUUUUAUGCCCCAAAUAGCAAGUAGGGGAUGGGAUGAAAUUACACUAAAAAAAUUUAGGUCAUGUAUUUUAAAGUAAAGUAGUGAUUUGGUUCAGCUAAAAAAUAUUAAAAAUUAGUAAUUCGGAAGCUGUCAAAAGAAUUCAAGACACCCGUAACAUAAAAUUGUCCAUAUUUUGAGUUAGAGCUGAUCAAGUUUUCUAUAAUUUUGAUAUAAUGUGUACCAAAGGUAGUAAACCACACUGUAAAAUAUUAUUGAGAAAGCGCAGAUGGGAUUUUUUUUUAAUUUUCAUUAAUUGUCUAAAAGAAAUGCACUACGAAAUACCUGUGUUCUCGGGCCAAUAAUCUUAAAAUCUGAAUAAAACAUUUCAGGAUAUGGUUACUCAAACAUGGUCUUUCCAGUCUAAAUUUUAUUUACUAUCGAUUUCUUCAUUCAAAAUGUGUACUGUAUGAUGAUAAUGGAAUAUUGUACAGAAAUUUUCAAUACUAACAGCAACUUUUAUUUGAAAUUAUUUUGUUUCGAAUGAAACUCGAUUUAGCGGUUAAAAUUUAAGAAAAUAUUAGUAGUCAAUUCUUGUAACAAAUGAACUUAGCAUUAAUUGUUUUUAUUAGUUUGUGAUUUUUAUAAAGUGUUUUAUAUAAAAUUAUUUAUAAAUUAUAAUUAUUGUAAAGACUGUAUUCAAGAUCUGGUUAUGUAGACAUAUCAUUUAAUAAUAUGUGUAAUUAAGGGGUUCACUUUUAUAUGUACUCUUCUGUUGUAAAUAAAUAAAGAUCAAGAUUUAUAGAA